GCAGUUCGCUGUUAACUCCUUAAGAAACACUACCUUAAAAGCACUUCAACAUGCAUUUCUCCUUCCUGACGGCGACCCUGAUGGUGGCAGUGGUGGCGGCGGCUCCUGAGGCCCAGUAUGGUUAUCAGGCCCCUAAAUGCAAGCCUGAGAUCCAGUACGUGACCCGGACGGAGACCGUGCCCGAGUACGUAACCACAACCCAGUACCAGACUCAGACGCAGUACCAGACUCAGUACCAGCCGCGCUACGUCACCCAAACGCAGCAGGUGCCACAGUACGUCACCCGAACGCAGACGGUGCCCGAGUACAUCACCCAGACGGUGCCUCAGUACGUCACCAGGACGCAGUACCAGAAGCAGUACGUCACCGUCACCAAGCCAUGCCCGACCUCAGGAGGCUACGGUGGAUAUCACGGUUAAGGACUUCCGAGGAAUCUUCGUGGUUUUUAAAAGUCUCAGAAUCGGCUUUUGUAAUUUAAUAAACAGUCUUUAAACACA